AAAAAAAAAAAAAAAAUUGCCAAGUGCUAGAAGGCGCAGCAGACGUAAGAACGACGGUGGGAGAACUGGUCUUAAUCAUAGGCGAGUUUAAGGGGAGCUGCGCCUGAUGUACAGAGGGGAAAUAUAGCUGAUAUAUUCUGGAGAAACGACGCCCUGGAGUGCGUUCACCAUGAUGCGCCAGAAACGCCUGGUUUUUACCCGGACCGUCACCUCAGCCGAGUCUAAAAUCCCUACGGAACCUCGUUGUGAUCUCCCACUCGCAUUUGUUUACAUCUAGAAGCCGAAGGAGAAAAUGGAGAUGAACUCCUUGUGUGGUCCGAGGAGCCUGAGUGUACUGGACCGCCUCUUACUCACUCACUCCAUCUGGCUCCAGCUGUCCGUCACCGCCGACUCCGCCCUCAACAUCCUCCGGAGGGAACCAGUAGGGACAUUUAUGGUGUGUAAGUGUGGUUCCUCCCAGAAGAAGUUGUUGUGUAUGAGAGUGGGGGCUGACAACUCCAUAUUGGCAGUGAAACAGCACCGCAUCCGAGAAGAGGAGUCCACAUUUGCUUUGGAGGGCUCAGCUUUGAGUUUCCCAGACCUGUGCAGACUCGUGGCUUUCUACUGCGUAAGCAGAGAUGUGCUGCCCUUUCCUCUGGAGCUCCCAGAGACCAUUGCUCAGGCCUCCUCACACACCCAGCUGGAGGCCAUCUCCCACCUGGGCUCAGAGUUCUGGAGCUCUCAGCACUCUGCCUCCACCUUGGCCCCCCCUAACGGGCCCCCGUCGGACGGGACCUUCUAUCGGCCGACGCCCUGCUUCAUCAACCCCCUCUUCCUGCAGCCGCCCGAGCCCGUCGAGGAGCGCGCCGCCUCCAGCAAGCGCAACCGCUUCCGCCGCAGCCUCCGCGUGCGCGUCUCCACCGAGACCUCGCUCAGCCUGUCCUCCUCGGGGGCCGAGUCGGGGGGAGGAGGAGGAGGCGGGGGGGAUGCGGGCGGUGGAGGAGGUGGGGGUGGAGGAGGGCGCGAUCAGCAGACCAAUCACACGCUGUACAGGAGGGGCGGGGCGGCCGCGGGGAUGCUGAAGAGGAGCCCGGCGCUGUCACCGACGUCAGAGGAGGAGGACGAGUUCAUGGCCCAGCAUGCAUCACAGGACACCAACAGCAGCAGUGUGAGUGGGGAGCAGCUGCAGGAGGCGGAGCUGGAGCCCUGCACGGUGGAGGAGGCCUGCCUGUCGCUGGAGACCACGCGGGCGCCCUCGCUCUCCGCCCUGGACAGCAGCAGCUCCUUCAGCAGCCUGGAGGAGGACGACGAAGACGAGGGAGAGUGGUCAGGGCUCGGCGGCGGCGGAGGAGGUCGUCACGGCCGCGGCGGCCCGGGGUCCUCGCAGGGGUCCUCGGCGGCGUCCGCGACCUCGGCGAACUCGCAGCGCCCGUCGCUGAAGCGCAUGAGCGCGGCGUUCGUGUGCCUGUUCGCGCCGGAGCGCCGCGUGGCGCGGCUCAUCCUGCAGCUGUCGCGCGACCCGCGCUCGGCCUUCGGCGCCCUCGUGCAGGACUUCCUGUGCACCAAGCGCCAGCAGCUCAACGCCCUGCAGGGGGCGACGGAGAGCGUUGGCGGCGGCGGGGGGGACGCCGCCUCGGAGGUGCUCCAGGGGCUGCGCAAGUUCCUCACCCAGGCCAAGGGCUUCCUGCUGGGCUCGGGCGAGAUGGAGCCCCCCAUCGAGACGCUGGUGCCGGAGAAUGAGAAAGACCUGGCUCUGGAGAAGGCCAUGUUCGGCUGUGUCCUGAAGCCCCUGCGGGUGGCGCUAGAGAGAGCCCUGCAGGCCGCGGCGGCGCGCGACGGCUCGCUGGCGCGUCUCACCGAGGGCAUGCAGGCGUGCCAGAAGGGGUACCCGCAGCAGCGGCUGGGCGUGGCAGAGGGCGUGGGGCUCCUGGACGCCAGCGGCAUCUCGAGGGCGCGGAGGAAGCUGACGCUCAUGGCCCGGACGCACUCGCCCAUCGACAAGGUGCUGCUGCUGCUCCAGGUGUGCAAGAGGGUGUACCAGAGCCUGGGCACACAGCCAGAAGCUUUAUAG